CAGAAAGAAACAGAAUAGAGGAGAAUAUGUAAUCGGAGUUUAAUGUUCAAAUGUUCGUAGUCUUCUUCGGUUUGGUGGCAGCCGCGGCUGCACUUCCCGUAGUGCCUGUCGCCCAUGUCGCUUAUGAGCCUGAAGCACCAGCCCACUACCAGUACCAAUACUCAAUCCAUGAUGGCGUCAGCGGAGACGUCAAGGAACAACAAGAGGCUCGUGAAGGCGACGCUGUCCACGGUUCAUACUCAUUCAUCCAACCCGAUGGCGUUCACCGCAUUGUAGAGUACACCGCUGACAAGGAACACGGUUUCAAUGCUGUCGUACGCUAUGAGGGCACACCAAUCCCAGCCCCCACCAAGGUCCCAGUGUCUGCCCCAGUAGCCUACGCUCCAGUGUCUUACGCACCAGCAAAGGUCGCAUAUGCCCCAGCUAAAGUAUAUUCUCCUGUAUCUUACUCAGCACCAGUGUACUCCCCAGUGUCCAAGGUAGCAUACGAAGCUCCCCUGGGUCAUGUUACAUUCUCAUCACCUGUCGCCUCAUACCACCACUAACUUAGAAUUUGUUAACUAAUUUAUUUUGUUGAUUAAUUAUACUUUAAUCAUGUACCAAACCUAUUACUACCUGAAAAGGUACAUAUCAUGUACCUACCCUAACGUAUUAAUAACAAUGUAAAGUAAACUGAAAAUCACUUUAAUACUGUAAGGACUAAAAACAGUACCCACUUAAAGUUAUUCAUAUAUCGUAACGUAACCUAAGCCAUUUAUAUAAUGAAUGAAUAAAAACGGAAGACAACUACCUCCUAGCUUACUACCCAAUACAUCAAUCGUUAACUAAUCGUGCAUUUAUAUUGA